CCCUUCCCUCUCCCCCCUUUUUUCCUCCCCCCUCCCGCCCUCCCCAUAUGGCGCCCCCUCCGGGCGACGCCGCGGCGGCCGUGCCGCGGCGGCGCUCGGGCAGUGCGUGGAGGAGGCCCUGGCGAAGGUGGAGGGGUCCGACAAGGACCCCGGCGAGCGCGUGAAGCUGCUGGGGCCCCUGAUCGAGGCCCAGCGCGUCGCUCUCGCUGGGGCCGGCUUCGAGUCCUUCGCGGCGUACGAGGCAGCGGUGCAGGCACUGCAGCCCGGGCGCGCCCCCGAGGCUGAGCGCGCCGCCGCCCGCCUCGCGCGCGCGGAGGCGCGCUGGGCCUCGCUGCUCGGAGGCCUCGAGGAGCGGGCCAACGGCGACCUCAGCCUGCCGCUGCGGGCCGGCGACGCGGCGCCCCCGAUGAGGCUCGUCGAGGCGAAGACGGGCGCCAAGGUCUCCCUGCCCGGGCUGCUCUCCGAGGACCCGUCCUCGGUGCUCCUGGUCUUCAUGCGCCACUUCGGCUGAGUCCCCUGACGCGACCACGUCGCCGAGCUGAUCAAGAAGGCCGAUAGGCUGCGAGACCUGCGCUGCACCGUCGUGGUCGUCACCUUCAAUCCAGACUGCGAGACCGGCCAGCGGUGGAAUCGGGAGGUUGGCUCCCCCUUCCUGCAGCUGAUGGACCCGGCAUGUCCGGGCUCGCCCGGCGACGCGGGGGCCACCUACAGGGCCUGGGGCUUCCGCAAGUCCUUCGCCGGGGUGUGGUCCUCCAAGUCCCUCAGGUUCUACAGCGACCAGAAGCUGAGCGGGCGCGAGCUGCACCCGUCCCUGGGGCAGGACCCACAUCGCAUGGGCGGCGACGUGCUACUGGACGGGAGCGGCACCGUGGUCCUGCCGUACUACUCGAAGACCAACACGGACCGCCCGUCUGUCGAGGACACGCUGCUGCCGCUGGUGGAGGCCCUCGACGGCCAGCGCCGCGCCUCGCGCCGCGCGGGCCCGGGCCCCCUGCGCGCCCUGCAGCUCGUGGCGCUGGGCGCCGCCGCGGUCCACGGCGCGCGCUGGUGCGAGGACCAGCGGCCCCGCCGGAGGCCCCUCUGGAGCGCGCUGCUCGCUGGCGGCCUGGCCGCCGCGGCGUGCCUGGCCACCGCCGUGGCGGGGGCAAGGGCGCGGUUCGGGCCCGCCGGCCGGCGCAGCUGGGCGGUGGAGCCGCUGGCGCUGCCGGCAGCGCCGAGGGCCGAGUGCAAGACCUGAAAGUAGCCCCCGGGGGCCGCCCUGGCCCCCCGCGGCCCGGGCGCCUCCCGGCGCUGACCCGUCGGAGGUGGGUCCACUCCCCCUCCUGCCCGCCACCACCUCG